AUGAUUGAUGCAGUACCGAUGUACUAUAAAGACAUUGAGGUCGGUACUAAGCAUCAGUAUCUUAGAUAUAAAAAAGGCGACAAGUACGGAAAAUAUUAUGUUAAAUGCAAUGAACUAGUAAAGCGUCCUGACGGAACUAUAUGCCACUGUGCAAUGGAAGAAAUGCGUGAGGAUCAUUUCAAAAAAUGGAUCCAAAACAAACGGCACAUAUGCACACCAGGAGAAGUAGCAUCACAACAAACAAUCGAUCAAUACUAUCAAAACGUCCCAGCAACAGGGCUUACACCUAUAUCGUUAGGGGAUAUCUAUGAACAGCUUGCUACAUUUACUGGAAGAUUUAACUUGGCUCUGAAUACCUUCUCAAGCCCAGAGUUUACAAAGCUAGUUAAAACCAUUAUAAUGUAUACUGCAGACUCGAUGAUAUUGAAGUUCCCACAGUUACACAAUGUUAACAUCAAUGUUGAUAAACUAGCUUCUCAAAUAUACCAGCCUAUUUCAACUGACAAACUAAGGCAAACAAUGAUACAAAUUGCAAAUUCAAUCCAUGUUGCAAAAGUUGAUGAGUUUGCUAAGCUUGCCUGUACCUGUGUUGCCAUUGAUGAGGGGAAGACUCAGCA